UUCUGUAAAAAUGAUUGUGAAAUUAGUCUCCGCAGAAGGAGAUACCUUCACGGUAAAUAGCGAAGUGCUGACGCCUAGCGUCCUGCUGACUAAUAUGCUACAAGGAUAUGAUGAAGAAACUGAAUUGGCACCCAUUGAAUUGAAAAAUAUACCUACAAGAACACUGGGAAAGAUCCUGGAUUACUGCAAGUACCAUUAUAACAACCCAGCGAAACCAAUACCGAAGCCACUAAAGUCAACACGAUUAGCAGAUGUAGUAUGCCCCUGGGACCUUGAAUUCGUCAACGUAGACAAGGAAGCGCUAUUCGAACUUAUGCUGGCUGAAAACUUCCUAGAUAUUAAGCCGCUCCUAGACCUGACGUGCGCAAAAGUGGCGUCUAUGAUCAAAGGAAAAACGACAGACGAAAUCCGAGAUGAAUUCAAUAUCGUAAACGACUUCACGCCAGAAGAGGAAGCGAUGAUUAGAGAAGAAAAUGAGUGGUGCAAAGAUUUAUAGAUGAAAAA